AUGGGACAGAAGGGUUGUGUGAUCAAAUGUCCUCUGGGUCCGAAGGCUAAGAAACAGAGGACACAAGAGGAACCUGUUGGCUCAUCUUCUCAGGCUGUUGCUGUCUUAUCUGCGGUGGAAACUCAAUCAGCACUUGCAAACGCUGACAAACUGAACACGGCUCUGAUGGAAAACGACAACUCAUCUUCUCAAAACCGGACCCUGUCUAGACCGGCUCAUGAAGACUAUUCGACCUUUGAUGCAGAGCUCAAUCAGCCGUUUCUCGACAUCAAUCAAUCUGAUGGAUCUCACUCUCAACCUUCAUCUCCAACCAAUACUGACGAACCUAGAACGCCUCAAGUCAAUAUGACCUUUGGGGAGUAUAUCAGAGGAGCGUAUUAA